CAACAAAUUUCUCACCAACAGAAGAAAGAGAGAGAGAGAGAGAUGGGAGGUGGCGGUGGAGUAGCGGCGGCGACGACGGUGGUGGAAAGCAGAGAAUGGUAUCUAGCAGCCAUUGCACCGGAAAAUUUACCGACGUCAGAUCAUCUGAAGCUUCGUACGGUCACCGUUUCGCUCGAUUAUGAAUCAAUUCCCGAUGAGCAGAUGGCACUUCAGCUGCUGUUGAUCUCCGUCGAUCCUUAUCUACGGUCCAGAAUAACCGGCCGUAAUGAUGAUCUAUACUUGGCUCAACUUCCCAUCAACAAGGUGAUAACGGGAUACGGGAUAGGGAGGGUCGUACGAUCGAAAAACAACAACUUCAGUGAGGGUGACAUCGUCGUUCACCCUUUUUUCCCUAUUGCUGAGUAUUGCAUCACACCGUCCGAUUUUGUUAGAAAGAUUGAUCCAACGGCCGACAUCUCUUUGCCUGAUUACCUUAGUUGUCUUGGAGUACCGGGGUUUACAGCAUGGGUCGGAAUAAAGGUGAUAGGGAACCCUGAUCCUGGAUCAAAUGUGUUCAUAUCCGCGGCUGCUGGUGGGGUCGGAAUGUUUGCCGGACAAUUGGCUAAGCUAAAAGGAUGUCGAGUUGUUGGAAGUACUGGCUCCGAUGAGAAGGUUCAGGUUUUGAAGGAUGAAUUCGGAUACGACGAAGCAUUCAACUACCAUAAAGAAACAGAUUUUGAUGCCAUACUAACGAAGUAUUUUCCUGAUGGGAUUGAUUUGUACUUGGACAACGUUGGGGGUAAGAUGCUGGAGGCUGUUCUGAAUCAUGUCAAUAAAGGUGCUCGUAUACCUAUAAGUGGGAUGAUAUCUCAAUACAACACUAAUCCGGCGGAGAGAGAAGGGUUAAAGAACCUGCUGAAUAUCGUUGGAAAAGAGGUAAAGAUGGAGGGAUUUCUCUGCGGUUCUUUUCUGAAUCGAUUUGGAGAAUUUUCGCAACAAAUGGAAAAGUAUAUGAAAGAAGGGAAGAUAAAACCGAAGCACAAAAUAGAUCAAGGGAUCGAGAGUUUCUUCGAAAACUUCGUUUCCCUUUUCUCGAGCUCCAACGUGGGUAAGGUCAUUAUUCAAGUUGCCUCGUGACUGAAAAAUACAAUUGAUGUUCGAAUUAUCUUCUUGUCUACUUUACAUUUAAUCAAAUCAUUUAAGCUGUUGAAAUGUAUCGUAUGAUUCAUAUGACGUAAAAUGCAAUCUGCUACU